ACUCCCUUUCGCCACAAACAUUUUCUAAUAUAAACCAUACAUGCUUGCUUCUUUCUAUACGUUUCUAGACGAUAUUACCACUUACUAAGUAUUUUAGAUGAUUCACGAAUUUAAAAGCAUUUAAUCAUCCACAUAAUAAAUCUACAAAUCGCAUACCAAGAAUCACUUUCGUUAUCCACGUGCCAAUAUCAAGACACCAAGAUGCCCGGUAUUAGGAUGCGUAUUCGAGGACCAGAAGGGACUUCCACCAUAAGCCUUCCCGACAAUGCUAAAAUUAGUGAUCUCCUAUCUGAAAUCACUUCAAAAACAUCACUCAAAAAUUUCGAUAUUAAAUAUGGUUAUCCACCAAAACCACUCCUCCUUUCCCAAAGCGAACCUUCUUUACCUCUGAGCAAGUUGGACAUUACAUUGAAUGGUGAACAACUCACAAUAAGCUCAAGAGAAGAACGCAGGUUAGAUGCAUCGCCAAAAUCUGUUGUACCCUCUGCUUCCUCUAAAACAUCGUCUACUCCUCCCCAGGUGAGAGAUAUUCAGACGGCUGAAGCAAAGUCUUUUUCUUUUUCUGGAAUGCAUGGCGAUGUAAAAGCAACAUCAGGAUCGAACUCGGCAAAAUCAGCACCUCCUGUAACUCUUUCACGUAAGAGGGGCAUCGCUGGUGAUGUUCCCGAGGUCCCAAUACCAGAACUUAACGCUACGAUUGGUAUUUCUCCCCAACUUCCAUUUGAUAUCUUCCAGGUCCAUCUAAAACCGGCAUUAAUCAUCUUACUAACUUCCUCCAGUUCUCCGUGUCAUGCCCGAUGAUAAUUCCUGUCUUUUUCGAGCUUUUGGAACGGCCGUCCUCCCAGGUGAUGACCUUUCAAUGCCCGAGCUUCGAUCCAUCGUGGCCAGUACUAUUCAAGGCAACCCCGAAAUUUAUAGCAAAGUUGUAUUAGAACAAGAACCGGACGAUUACUGUCGGUGGAUUCAAACUCCUGAUGCUUGGGGCGGUGCUAUUGAGAUGGGCAUUUUGGCCGAGCAAUUUGGCAUGGAGGUUGUUUGUAUUGAUGUUCAGGUAUGUUAUUCUUGUCGAUUUUGUACUCGUUCUUGCACUUCACACAAGGAAUUUAAAGCCAUCUUUAAUUCCAAUAACCAACGCUAACCGACCUCAAGUCCCUCUCCAUCCACAAAUUCCACGAAAACGUCUCCAGACACCGAUGCAUUCUAGUCUACUCUGGAAUCCACUACGACAUGCUAGCCCUUUCGCCCUCUUACUCAGGCCCUGAGAAUGACAUCCGAAUAUUUGAUACUUCUGACGACACGAUAAUCGCCAAAGCAGUAGAAUUAUGUUCCAAAUUAAGGGAAAAGCAUUAUUUUACUGACACCGGAGGGAUGGCUAUUAAGUGUAAAGAUUGCGGCGUGAUCGUCCAUGGAGAAACGCAAGCGGCUAGUCAUGCACAGCAAAUGGGUCAUUACAAUAUGGCUGAGGUGGAUACUUGAACUUGUGGUAGUGGUUCUACCAGAACGAUGGAAUGAAUUGUCAAAUGGAACUCCCACGGCUUGUUAGUAACAGCUGGCGUAAGACGAAUAGCUAGCUACUUGACUACUGGAACUCUAGAUGAAUUGGAGACAUCGAAGGAAGCUUAGCCAGAUCACGAUAAAUAAGAUGCUUGCAUAGGUCAAAACACAAUAGAUACAAAAGUAGUAUAUAUACUAAUUACAUAGUGUAUAUUUACUUAAUCUAUAAUGUACAUAUCAUAGGCCUAUCGCAUCGUCCGCGUAG